GGAGCGAGGAAGACAAUCGAAGGGACGUCGAAAUGGCCUUUAGUAAUCUUCAGCCACGGACUCUUUGGCUCUCGGACUACCUACUCUCAGUUUUGCGGCAGGCUUGCUUCUGAGGGCAAGAAUUGCAUUGAUUCUUCUUGAGACAGUCCCUAAUUGCAUGCCUGAACCCCAGGGUACGUCGUGCUCGCAAUUGAGCAUCGAGAUGGCACAGGGCCAUCGGUACAGAUCCGGUCAGCAGACCAGAAGAUUCGUACGUUACCUUAUACUUUGUACAAUGAAGUGAAGUAUGUAUUGUAUCUCCUUCCUUAUCCCAAAAAUGCCCCAAUUUAUUCUUCGCAGUUGGGGCGAACACGUCAAACCUGCAGGAUUAUAUCCAUUCCGAGUGGAACAGCUAGUGUUUCGCACAAAUGAGGUUUACGAAAUAUAUCACUCCUUCAAGGCUCUCGUCAACGGUGAUGCGGGAAACAUUAGAAGCGAAAUCAGCGGGUCCGGCCAUGAUUUAUCACAGUGGAAGGGCAAAAUCGAUGUCGAUGACUUGUAUCUUACGGGUCAUUCUUUUGGCGGUGCCACCGCGUUCGCAGUCCUUCGACAUCCACCUCCCGAAUCUUUCGAGCCUCUUCCUUUGAAAAGCGUUCUAGCACUCGAUCCAUGGGUUGACCCUGUCCCUUCUCCGGGUCCGCUUCCUGCCACAGCGUUCGAAAGACCUCCACUGGCUGUCAUCAAUUCGGAGGGUUUCACGCUAUGGAAAGAGCAUUUUAAGCUUCUGAGAGAUAUCGUGUCGCACUGGAAGACAGAAGCGGGGGCAUCGGCUACGCUCAUGACAAUAGGUACAUCAUGCAUUGUCGAUGCAUUCAAUUAGAGGGAAUCUCAGCCGAACUAAUAUCUUCGUCCAGUGAAGUCAGGCCACAAAGAUUUCAGUGAUUUCCCCGUUGCACUUCCGUUCACAGCAAAACGAGGUUUGAAGAUCGCAGAUAUUAUCCAUACACUGUCCA